AUGGGUUGGAAGGUUUUUUGGCUGUUACUGUUGUGGAUUCCAACGUUGGUCGUCGGGAUUGCCUAUCGUUGUGACGGCAACCGAGUUCUAAUUGUACAAAGUUUUGGUAACAAUACUAUUAGAAUGCAUUGCCAAAAGCUGAAUAUAUGUGGGAAGACCAACUUGAAGUGUAAAUAUGAAGAAGAUCAAUCUCACUGUGGUGGGCAAAACAAUUUUGUUGCUCACGUUGAACAGAACUCUCCCACUGGGCGCGUGGUUCACAAAUGUUGCCAAGUGGAAAAUAAAGACAACGAGUCGACGCCAAGCCAUUACGGAAACGAAUGUUUCGUCUAUGAACUUCCAGACGGUGCAGCGAAAGCUGACUAUAGCACUGAUCCGGAUGUUGCUGAGGCUGCAAUUAGGGAAGUAUCUGAGUUGAACACAAUAUUGAAAGAAUAUUCGAACUAUGAUGGUUAUCGACUAAGAUUGUUCAUGCUUCGGUCAAAGUCCAAAUCGAAACUGCUUGUCAAAGGGAUAGAGAGAAAAGACGAUGGAUACAGAGUAACUAUUUGUCAGCCGCGAUGCGGCCGCGGUUUACACCAGCCAUAUUUCCGAAAUGAGAAACGGAACUUUUUGGGUAAGCGAAGGAAAGGUUCACUUGGUUCUGACUGGAUUGUAGCUGCUUGGUCAGCUUGGGCAUCUAGCAAAUGGAGUCAGUGGUCCCAGGCAGCUUGGAACGGUGCUGGUGCAGAUGCUGAUUUGCGAAUUAGAGGCAGGGUUAUCACACCUAAAGAAAAGACAUUGGAGAACUUGGCAUUUGUUUCCUACAAACCCAAAAUUACAGGAUUAGAGAAGUCGGAAAUGAUUAAGAGUAGAGUUAAAGAAAAUAAUAAGUUUAAAAAUAUCACAAUUAUAAAUACAACGGAGAUUCAUCAAAGCGGAGUAGACAAAAAGAAAGAAACUAAAGCGGGAAUUAGUGAGACUGGAACUGACCGAGGUGGUGACGGUGGAAGAGGAAACAAGAAUGGAGGGUCUAAAAGCGGUAAAGAAGCGGGAUAUGGUAAGGAGGAAACAGGAAGCUUAAAGAGUUUACUUGGCAAUGGUUUGAGUGAAAGGCAGGGAAGUCAGAGCGGAACUGAUGGAAAAAAAGCAGAAAAAGACUCGAAUGGAAGCGAUAGAAACGGCGCUGUAACGGAAUCAUCAAACGGAAAUGGUAUUAUCGAUGAUUCAGAAGGGAAAAAAGCAAAGGGAUCAAAUGGAGGUGGAAGCGGCACUGAGAAUCAGACGAGUCAAAAGACAAAUGGCGAUAGCGAUGGUAGUAAAAAAAAAGAGGGUCAAAACGAAAACGUUUUGAAAAAUGCAGUUAUAGAAGAUAAUAGCAUAUCUGGAUCUAAAGGAAAAAUUACGAACGCGAAAUCAGAUGGUAACAGUGGGGAAAAAAAAGGUACACUCAGUCCAACGUCUGGUGAGAAGAAUUCAAAAGAGGGAGAUGAAAAUGGUUCUAACGAGAAAGGUUUGAGUAGUAAAGCCGCAGGUGGUUCUGGCGAAAAAGGUUCUGAAGAAGGAGACAGGAGUAAUGGUAGCUCUGGUGGAAGAAGCAGCAGUAGUGGUAUAAAUGGUAAAAAAGGUGACACUAGCGGAAAACCCAAUGACCAAAGCGAAAGCAGUUCAAGUACGGGUGGCACUAAAGGUGUAAAUGGAAAAAUGAAUGGUUCUAAUGAGAAUAAUUUGAAUAAAGGAAAUGAAAAUGAAUUUGGCAUGAUGAACCCUAAUGACGGAAUGACAGUCAGAGGUAAACCGCAAGAAAAGGACGGAGAUCAUAUCAGCACAGUGACUUCAAACAAGGAGAGAAAUGGAAACCAAAAUAGCGGGUUAGGAGGCGGUGAUGAUAAAGGUGACGAGCCGGAAUAUUUCAAUAAAGAUUCGAAAAUAACCGGCAGUGAGACAUCUUCUGGCAGUAAUACUAAGAAGCCUCCAACAAACGACGCGAAAGCCGAGAUGAUAAAAUCUGCUGCAGCUUCUAAGAAUGGAAUUUCUAAUGCAAGUGUAAACGGAAAUAGCGGGGGACAGAACGGCAGAGCUGAUAGUUCUUCAAAGAACACAACUAACCUCAAGGGAGGAGCGACAGCAGCACCAAACGCUAUUGUAAUGACCGUAACGAAUGGGCACACAGUGGUUAAUACAUCCGGCAAUACUUCCAAUUCAAGCGGCCGGCAGACUGCUGUAUCAAAUAUCACAUCCGCCACGUCAAGUGGCACCAGUGGAGCUGCAACAAGACAAAGUGUAGGGGCUCAAACAGCAAAUCAAAAUAGAGCAUCCCAAACUGUAAGUGCAAGAGCAGGCCGGCUACGUGCAGGAGGACGCGCAGGAACCAAUUGCUUCACCGGUGACAGCAAGGUUAGAACACCGAACGGCGAUGUACAAAUGAGUGAUCUUAGAGUUGGAGAUUUGGUGCUAGUGCCAGCUAGUGGAAACCUUUUGAAAUAUGAAAGGGUAGAAAUGUUCUAUCAUCGCGAACCUGAAACAAGAGCCAAAUUUGUUGUAAUCACAACAGAAUCCGGCAAGACACUGAGUUUGACCGAACUUCAUCUACUACCGGUUGGUGACUGUAAUGUUAUCGGUUCUAAUCUGGAUGAUAUGGAAAACAUCGAAGACUUAAUGCGUGCAUCUGUAUUUGCAUAUCGCGCUCGAAAAAACGACUGUGUUCUUACAGUGACUAAGAAUGGCAUUCUAAAAACCGAAAGAAUUGUGAAGAUUGGGAGAAAAUAUAGCAAAGGUAUUUAUGCACCAAUAACAGUGGAAGGAUCAAUUGUAACCGACGGUAUUCUUGCAUCAUGUUUUUCGCAUUUGGAAAGUCAUCUGAUGCAAAAGUUGGCGCAUGAUUUUUAUAUUGUCAUCUAUCAGUGGUUCGGCUCAGUGAUGAAUUCAAUACACGACCCAAUUCAGCAUUUACCGGUUUACAUCGAAUCGUUACAUCAGUUAAGCAAAUAUGUACUGCCAUUUGCCAAAUACUGA